AUGACAUUUGUAAAUAGUCAGGGAGCCAAUCUUGAAGUUUUUUUGCCGCGAAAAUCUUUAUUUAUAAUGUCUGAUGAGAGUCGCUACUCUUGGAUGCAUGCUAUUAGAUUGGAAGAUGUCACUAACAGAAGAGUUUCUAUAACUAUAAGAGAGCUAUCUGAAUCAUUUAAAAAGGAAAACGAAAUUAUGAGUAAUCAAAUUCUCGAUACCGCAAAAAAAUUUAUAUAAUGAUGUCCUUAGUCGUUUUAGUCUAUCGCUUUCUUCUCACACUCAAA